UUUUUUGUCAUUUAAAGAUUUGAAAAUAGAUGUCGGAUGUCGAUGUAAAUUUCAUUAAUUGAGUCAAUAUUCUUUAAUUUACUUUUUUUUUACAGGAUACUUUAAUAGAUGCCUACACCGACAAAAUCAAAAAAGAUUGCUAAAUCUUCAUCAGUAACUAAAACAAUGCCGAAGAAAGUAUCACCACAAAAGUCAACUCAAAAAUCAAUCUCAAUUAAAUCAGCUCCAAAAAAAGAUGCUAUGAAUAAUAAGAUUAGUAAGAAAAAUAAAAAGUAUUCUAACGAAUCUAAUAAUAAAAAAUUAAAGUUGAAAGAGUCAUUGGACGAAAUGGAUAUCGAUAACGGCAAUUUAUCGGAUGAUUCGAUUAAUUUUGAAAUGAUCGAUAUUAAUGAAGAUGAUUUAGAAGAAGAACUAUUUAAUUUGAAAGAAGAUUCUUCAGAAUAUGUGGAACUUGAUAUUGAAGAUGAUAGUGAUAUCGAUGAUCAUAUUGGUGAUAAUGAUGAAUAUGAUGAGAACAAGGACAAGAACAGAGAUAAGGAUGGGAAUAGGGAUGAGGAUAAGGAUAGCGAUGAGGAAGAUGAUGAUGAGAAAGAAGAAAAGAAAUCGAAACGACAAAGAAUUCAGGAAAUUGAUUAUAAUGUAAUUAAGUUAGCUUUUCAACGUAAACCAACAGUCACGAAAAAACUUGAUCCGGCUUAUCAUUUAGGACUAAAAGAAUUAUGGAAUCAAGUACGAAUAAAAAAUAUUUCUAAAGAAAAAAGAAAUAAAUAUAUGGGUGAAUUAUUUGAAUUAAUGAAGGGUAAAAUACCCGAAAUAUUAUUUAAAAAUGAUACUUCACGUAUUAUACAAACAGUACUUAAAUAUGGUACAAAAGAACAAAAAAAAAUCAUUGUUGAUGAAUUGGAAGGAAAAUGGUUAGAAGCUUCAAAGCAUACUCAUUCUAAAUUUGUUAUUUGUAAAGUUUUAAUGUAUUGUUCAGAACAUAGAAAUAAAAUUAUAUCAGAAUUUAAGGGAAAUAUAGCAAAACUGAUUCAACAUACAGAAGCUCGUAGUGUAAUUCUAGAAGCUUAUGAAUUACUUAAUGCAAGACAAAGAUCCGCUUUAAUUCAAGAAUUUUAUGGAAAAGAAUUUUCUUUGUUCAAGGAAACACAAGGAUUAAGUAUUGAAGAACUUAUAAAAGAGAAUCCUUCGAAUAAAGAGAGACUUCUUGAAAAUCUUUCAAGAGAGAUAGAAGCAAUAAUGAAAAAACCUGAUUUAAUUGGAUAUAUUAUACCGCAUCAUAUUAUAUUGGAUUAUUUUAAUUAUGCCAAUGAGAAUAAGAUACGUGAAAAAGUUGCUUUAAUCGGAGAACAUAUACACGAAUUCUUACAUACACGUGAAGGUUCUCGUAUAGCGAUGAUGUGUUUUUCUUAUGGAACUGCAAAGGAUAGGAAAAUUAUGUUAAAAGCCAUGAAAGAUUAUAUAGAAAAGAUAUGUAUUGAAGAAUAUGGACAUUUGGUGUUAUUAAGAGCAUUUGAUGUUGUUGAUGAUACCGUUGCCGUAUCUAAAUAUAUUAUUGAGCAAAUGACUAAAUUGAAUAAAUUAGGGAAUAUUAUUCAAAAUAAAUGGGGACAUCGUGUAAUUUUAUAUUUAUUAGCUCAUAGGACCAAAUUAUACUUUAGCAAUGAAACAUUACGUUUACUUGCUCAAGGUGAUGAUAUUCGUACGAAGACAAGUAAAAAGGAUCCUGCUGUACGUGUAAAUGAACUUUGUAAAGCAAUUUCACCAGCACUAAUAGAUUAUGCACAGAAUAAUACUUCCACAAUGUUCUCGUUUACUUAUUCGACUCAAGUUCUUUGCGAAAUAUUGUUACAUGCUGAUGGAACUUUAGAUCAAAAGAAACCCAUCUUAGAAAAUAUUGCAAAAUUAGCUAAUAAAGAUCCAAAUAAUGAAGAAGCAAAAGAUGAUCAUAUUAUGUUAUCUUACAUUAAUCGUACUCUUAAAACAUUAGUUCAUGGAAGGUAUUGGAAACAACCUAGGCCACAAAAAAAUCUACAAAAAGAUGAAGAUAUUUCAUCAAAGAAAGAUGAAUCACCACAAAUUAAUUAUGAUGAAAAGGUUGAAUUACAUUUCGCUCCAAUUUUAUUUGAUAGUAUUAAAGAAUAUGUUUUAUUUUACGCGUGUCAUCUUUCAGCUUCAUUUGUAAUAUUAGCUUUAUUAGAAGAUAAAGAGACCAAUAAGGAUGUUAAGGAAGCAUUAUUGAAAGGUUUAAAGCAAAUCCGAAGGGCAGCUGAAAAAGAUAAAAAAUCUGGUGCAAAUUUAAUAUUAAAAGAAUUAGAAAAGGAAGGAAUCAAAUUAGAAUCGAAUGAAAACAAGAAAGAAAGUAAGCAAGUUAUCGAAGAAAGUAAAGGAACGAUUAGAGAUGAGAAUAAUAGCGGUAAGAAAAAUAAUGAUAAAAGUAAUACCGUUUUUGAGAAGGUAACCAAAGGAAAAGAUAAGGAAAUUAAGAAAGAGAAAGGGAUUAAUAAUGGGAAUAAAAAUAAUAACAGAGGUACAAAGAGAAAAAGAUAAGGAAAU